AUGAGCGACCUCACUGGAAAGGUGACGGUUUUUAUCGCCGGCGGAUCGACGGGACUAGGGAAGGAAUUAGCGUUGGCCUUAGCCAGACGAGGCUCUCAUGUGACGAUAUUCGCCCGGAGACAGCAGCAGCUUGAUGAGACGAGAGAUGAAGUUCUCUCUGCAAGAAAGUCCGAGAGUCAAGAAAUAACAACGCAGUCGCUCGACUUGACUGAUCCAUCUAAGAUACAAUCUGCUUUUGCGGCACAGCCCAGACUACCAGACAUAUUGUACUGCGUGGCUGGAGGUACUACCAACGAACUUGGAUUCUUAGUUGACCUUGAACCUGCGGAUGUCCAGAGAUGUAUGACGAAUAAUUACCUUACGAGCGCAUACCCAGCACAAGCAAUGUUGAAACUCUGGAUAGAAGAUGACAAGACAUCAAAGCCAGUCACUAGUCACAAGAGUAGUUGUAGACGCAGGCAGCUGGUCUUUGUCAGCAGCGCCGCAGCUCUUGUCGCCUUCCCUGGCUAUGUCGCCUAUACGCCCGCCAAAUGCGCUGUGCGCGCUCUUGCAGAUACUCUCCGCUGCGAGCUGAAGAGAUACUCGGGCCCUGCGACAAGAUACUCAGUACAUAUAAGUUUCCCAUCCAACUUUAUAUCACCGUCAUUCAUGGAUGAGAUCAAGAACAAGCCCGAGUUGACAAAGCAACUUGAAGGGACUAGUGCGCCGAUGAGUGAAUUGAUGCAGAAGCUUCAUUCGUCCAAGCAGGUCGCCAAUUACAUCAUUAAAAAGGUUGACAAGGGUGACUUUGUCAUCUGUAGCGAGUACGAGGCGAAGCUCCUUUUUGCAGGCAUGACAGGUCCAUCGCCUAAGAGGGGAAUUGGUUUUAUUGAUUCGUGUGUUUCUACGGUUUCUGUGGCCGCUGGACCUAUUCUCAGACGCUGGCUAGAUGCGAAGGUUGUGAAGGAUUCAAUUGCAUCUCGGUAG